AGUCCGAAUAUCUGAAUUGGGGGCUAGAACACGCAGAAUCAUAUAAGCGAUAUGUAUCUACAGCAAACUAACUGCAGUUUUGAGAAUUAAUGCCUACCUUCACUAGCUGACUGCUUACCGCAGUUGAACUCAAAGACCUGACCUGAAAAUCAACAGCAAAACGAGAUGAGAGCGAAGGGCAAAAAGGGUAAAAUGGAGAAACUAUCUCAAGAAGGUAUGCACGGGGGUGAGGUUGACUAUUCAGAAGAAAUAUAAUCUGUGGCAACAGUUGUUCCCUUCGCUAAUUGGAAACUGGAAAAUAAAAUUGAUUUACGAAACUUACGAUUAUGGAAAGACCUUUAGUUGCCAUUUUGCCAAGGCAGGAUUCAAGGGGAAGCAAGAAACAGAUGAACGAAGGAAAGUAGAAGGAUGUUCACGAACAAAUCGAUAGUGUCGCCACCAGUCGACAAUAUCGCUAAGGCAUAGAAAUUGCACAUAACCACGGAAUCCUCAUGGUGUUUCUCGUGUCUACCACUGUGAAGCACUAGCUGUCUACAGAAAUGUAUAAAAAUCGAUAGUGGGUCAAAGGAGGUUGUUUGAUUUUUUGCGGUAGAAGGACGGGGAUGUGGCUCUUUCAUAUAGUGACAGUAUUACUGGCUGUCACUAUUGUGAAAAGUGGGAGCGGUGUCAUUGAAGAAGAUGACAAUGUGUUACAUAUUGGUGGAAUUUUUCCUAUUGGCGGGAAAGGUGGUUGGCAAGGUGGACAGGCUUGUGAGCCAGCUGCUUAUUUGGCAUUGGAAGAUGUGAAUGCACGAAAAGACUUGUUACCAGGAUUUACCCUCAAAUUGCACUGGAAUGAUAGUGAAUGUGAACCUGGUCUUGGCGCAUCUGUAAUGUACAACCUUCUCUACAACAAGCCACAGAAGCUCAUGCUGUUGGCAGGAUGUAGUACAGUGUGCACGACAGUGGCGGAAGCUGCCAAGAUGUGGAAUUUGGUAGUUCUGUGUUACGGUGCUAGUUCACCUGCACUGUCUGACAGGACCAGAUUUCCAACCUUAUUUCGCACACAUCCUUCUGCCACUGUACAUAAUCCAACACGCAUCAAACUUAUGGAAAAAUUUGGUUGGUCACGAGUAGCUAUUCUUCAGCAGGCCGAAGAAGUUUUUAUAUCUACCGUGGAAGACUUAGAAGCUCGGUGUAAAGAAAGUAAUAUUGAAAUUGUGACUCGACAAAGUUUUUUGAGUGAUCCCGCAGAUGCUGUUCGAAAUCUACGCCGGCAAGAUGCCCGUAUAAUUGUGGGUCUCUUUUAUGUUGUAGCAGCCCGCAGAGUGUUAUGUGAAAUGUAUAAGCAAAAUAUUUAUGGCAAAUCGUAUGUAUGGUUCUUUAUAGGUUGGUAUGAAGAUAAUUGGUUUGAAGUUAAUCUGCAAAAAGAGAAAAUUGAAUGCUCCAAGGAAGAAAUGCGCAUGGCUGCUGAGGGUCACUUGACAACUGAAGCCCUAAUGUGGAAUCAGAAUAAUCAGCGUACUAUAUCUGGAAUGACAUCAGAAGACUUUCGUUUGAGGUUGAAUGAUGCCCUUAGCAAAGGAUACGAUAUUCAGAAUAAACGCUACCCGGAAGGCUAUCAGGAAGCUCCUCUUGCCUAUGAUGCAGUUUGGGCUGUUGCCCUUGCUUUUAAUAAAACAAUGGAACGUCUCAAUAAACAUGGGAAAAGUCUGAAAAACUUCACAUACACGAAUAAGGAAAUAGCAGAUGAUAUUUAUUCUGCAAUUAACAGUACCCAGUUCCUUGGUGUCUCUGGCCAUGUUGCCUUCAGCUCUCAAGGAGACAGGAUAGCUUUAACACAGAUUGAACAGAUGGUAGAUGGAAAGUAUGUGAAAUUAGGGUACUAUGACACUCAAGCUGACAAUCUUACGUGGCAUAAUUUUGAGCGAUGGAUUGGUGGAAAAGUACCUCAGGAUCGUACAAUUGUUCGACGAGAAUUACGGAAUGUAUCUACUCCUCUUUUUAUUUGUAUGUGUGUUAUAUCCAGUUUAGGCAUUAUUGCAGCAAUUGGUCUAAUAAUUUUUAAUAUUCUGUUUCGUCAUAGAAGGGUAAUCCAGUCAUCUCAUCCUGUGUGUAACACAAUCAUGCUGGCUGGCUGCUGUGUAUGUCUUUGUUCAGUGUUUCUCUUGGGAUUGGAUGGGCAGUAUGUUCGACCCUCUAUGUAUCCCACUGUGUGUCAAGCAAGAGCAUGGAUGCUGUGCUUGGGCUUCACCUUGGCUUAUGGAGCGAUGUUCAGUAAGGUGUGGCGUGUUCACCGCCUCACAACAAAGGCCAAGACAGAUAUAAAGAAGGUGGAGCCAUGGAAAUUAUACCUCAUGGUGACAGGAUUCCUUUUGGUUGAUCUCGUCCUUCUUUUGGCUUGGCAGUUCACUGAUCCUUUAGAACGACAUAUAGAAGUUUUUCCUUUAGAGGAUCCUCUUUCUUCUGAAGACGACAUCAAGAUCAGACCUGAAUUGGAACAUUGUGAGAGCGAAAACAAUAAUGUUUGGCUGGGUGUUAUGUAUGGGUACAAGGGCCUAGUAUUGUUAUUUGGACUAUUUCUGGCCUAUGAGACUCGCAGUAUAAAAGUGAAGCAGAUUAAUGAUUCUCGUUAUGUUGGAAUGUCCAUUUACAAUGUGGUGGUUUUAUGUGUUAUUACUGCCCCUGUCACUAUGGUCAUAGCAUCUCAACAAGAUGCUAGCUUUGCUUUUGUGGCCUUGGCCAUCAUUUUUUGUUGCUUUCUCAGCAUGGCUCUCAUCUUUGUACCAAAGGUGAUAGAAGUAAUUCAACAUCCUCGGGACAAAGCAGAAUCAAAGUAUAACCCUGAUGUGGGGAUGAGCAAAGAAGAUGAAGAAAAAUAUCAAAAAUUAGUGGCAGAAAAUGAAGAGUUACAAAAAUUAAUAACUGCAAAAGAAGAAAAAAUUCGGAUUUUGAAAUUGCGCUUGCAGGAAAAGGAAGCCAUUAAAGGUGCACUGACUGGUGUAGAUGCAGUGAAGGAUGCCCCAAACACAGGUUUGCUAGCCCACAAAGAUUCUUUGAUUGUAGCAGAUUUUGUGACUGGUGAAGGGACUUCAGAUUCUGCCUUUGGGGCAGGAGUGUCAAUAUACACUCAUAGUUCUCGAGCCAGUCAAUCAGACAUAGAAUAUUCUGAAUCAUACUUAUAACUGUGUCGAUAAAAGAAAAAAAAAAGAUUCUUGUAAGAAAUUUUCUGAUCAGUUGUAUUAAGAACAUUUCGUUACUACACAUUUACAUAGAGUAUCUUGAUUUAAGAGGAUGGUAAUAUAUUAAAACUUCACUUGUUAAUUCCAGAAUUUGCUGAUUGGAAUUGUUUGUAAAUCACAUUUCAUAAGCCAACUGUCUAGAUUGUAUAAAUCACAAAGUUCCGUUUAGAAAAUCAAGCAAAAAUAGUUUCAAAAGCUAAAGGAAUUCAAAAAAUGCAAUGGUGGCUUCAAAAUAUGGUACUUUUUUGUGAAUAUUUUAUUUUAUCUGUUUUACAGUAAUCACUUCAGUGUAACCAAUGAUGCAGUGUCGUGAAAACUUUUUGAAAUACAUUUUCAUUCUAUUUUAAUUCAGAAAAUUUCAAGUGAACAUGACCUUUAAUUGUUGAAAAAUUGCUAAAAAAUGACUAAACUAUCUCACUAUUUAAUAUUACUUGAAUUUGUAUUGUUAUAUAAGAAAUCACACAUUUUAUAUUUAACUAUUUUUCUUGAAAGUUUUUCAUCAAUGGAGUACUUAUAUAUUUUCAGUAAACUAAAAAUGUGCUAUAACUAAACUUUCUGUACCUGAUAUGUAAUACACUUCAAAAAAAUCUUUCAUUUUCACGAUUUUUUACAAUACAAAUUCAUGCAUAGAUCUCCAAUUUCUCUGCAACCCUGAAGUUGCAUCCAUUUGUAAAGUAGAUUGACAUUACUCUAGUCAAGUCUAUUAUACUAAUUAUUAUUGAACCAGAAAUCAAAAUAAAUUCUUUUAGAUUUAUGAAUUUCAACAACUAGACAAAUUUUUUAACUGAACAUAUUAUUUAUUUUUAUAUUAUUACUAAGAAAAAUACCUAUUUUUUCUGAUGAACACUAUUUCACAGCUUUUUAUCUAAUUGUAUUUUCUGAACAUAUAGCACAUAAAAUUGAAAGAUGUUAUAUUUGAUUGUGGUUAGCUUUUACAUUUGUGGCUCAAAGAAGCCUUCUAAAUCCCACCAGGCAAAUCUAAUCAAGAUAAGCCUCUUGCUCUACUUUCGUCACAUAAGGCACUCAUGUGGACAUUGCCUGGCUCAGCAUAUAAAUUGUUAAGAUGGCCUAGAAACGUUGUAUCUGGAUGUGUUGAAAGCUGAGAUCUAUGGAGUAUUUCAUUCAUUCUUACAUUUACACAUUUCAUUAACCUUAAAAAUACUCCCAAAAUAAAGUUAAGACAUGUUUCCACCAAUAACAAUUCUGUGAUAAUUUAUUCUGAUGCAAUAAUUUAUUUUUUGUUUAUGAAUAAGAAUUUAUUCUAAUAUAUUACAUGUGCAUUCAGUUAAAUAUGAAAACAAAUAUGUGUGUUACGAAUGUUUUUAAAAUUCAUUUAAUGCUGGAUACUCAAACUAUUUCAAUUUUCAUUGAGUCUAUGAAGAUUAGAAUAAUCUAUUUCUCCAUAAAUAAACAUCUGCAAAGAUGAUUUUUAGAUGUCAUCAUUCAAUUAUCACCUUUUUUGGUCAGCCCAUGGCAAGUGUUUGUAUAAUUCCUUGUAUAUUUUUCAUUAUUUUUGCCAUAUUAUAUAAUAUUUUAUUUCUUCUGUUUUUUCAAUUAUUGAAGAUGUAAAGGUAUGAGAACAGUUCCCAACCAUUGCUAGUUUUAUUCAGUCAACAAUGAAACGAGUCUCAUGAUUUUAGGAGUAUGUUUGAAUGAAAGUCAUGGAUUAAAUUUCUUACAGAAAAAAACUAACUGUGUGAAGGAGACAUACUGCUUUAGAAAGAAAUGGUAAGAAGCAUAAUGAGAUGUUUUAGUAACUUUGUUUACUACCAUUAUCUAAAUUUAGGGCUUACUUAUGAAUUAAAUUAAAUUAUUUAUUGUCAUGCUUCAUCAUAAUCUUUGAAAUUAAUUAAAUCGGUGAUUCAAUUUCAUUUUAUAACCCCUCCAUUCCACCUUGUUAAAAAAUAUUUUCAACAGGUAGAAUAAACCGAAUGUGACGUUCUUGUCUCUUACCCAAUAAAAUUCUUUCUCAUUAUUCGUAAAUUAUAAAAAUAUUACUUUCUUAAUAAUACAAUUUUUGCUCCUCCAUAUUAUCUUGAAAGAGAGAGAAAAUUAAAUAAUUAUUGAUUAAUGUUUACUAUUAUAAUAUAUUUUAAUAGUUUUGCGAUAUUGCGUAGCGGAAGCGCAGUUCCGAAUUGCUAAGCUGACAUGAUCGAUAGCGUGGCAAGUUAAGAAGGUAGCGCGGGUGGUUGCUUGCUUGGUUGGUUGAGAUUGGACUUUUAUACUGUCGUUCCACGGAAGAAUCUUGUUCCUUGCUCGUUCUAUAUAGCAAGGAGUAGGGGAAAGAGGGGAAGACGCGCGAAGAGAUCAAUACUCUUGAUUUAGUUUUGGUUUUAAGUACGUUGCCUCUACAAUAGUGUCGCAAUUUUUUAAAAUAGUAUUUUAUUUAAUUAUUUUUGUAAUAUAAUGUAUUAAUAUAAGCUUUAGAUCUCUGACGCUGAAAUUUGAGCGAGAAACAUUUAGAAGGCGGAGUGUGCUUGCCUUCAACGCGAAAACCUGUUGGUUAUGUCACCACGGGUAUAAAUACACUGUGCGUUCUUCGCCGCUGCCUCUCCGGCCUGUCGUUUGCUGGAGGGAGGUGAGAGGCCGGACGUUCGAUUUUUGUAUGUGUAAGACCAACACGUGGCGGUUAAGUUAUUGACAGUAAAUUGAAAGAAUUUCAGCGUUAGUGGUGAAUAAUGGCCGAUUAUUUAAUUUGUGGAGGUACAGGAUACGUACCAGAGGAUGGAUUGACCGGCGCCCAGUUGUUUUCAAAUGGUGAUGGGUUAACUUACAAUGAUUUUAUUAUAUUGCCGGGCUUCAUUGAUUUUACUGCUGAUGAAGUUGAUCUCACUUCUGCACUAACUAAGAAGAUCUCAUUGAAAGCACCGUUAGUUUCCUCUCCAAUGGACACUGUGACCGAAUCUGACAUGGCAAUUGCAAUGGCUCUUUGUGGUGGUAUUGGUAUAAUUCACCAUAACUGUACACCAGAAUACCAGGCAAAUGAGGUUCAUAAAGUUAAGAAGUACAAACAAGGAUUUAUACGAGAUCCUGUGGUUCUGAGUCCCAACCACAGCAUUGGAGAUGUCCUUAGGGUGAAGAAAGAAAAGGGUUUCUGUGGCAUUCCUGUCACUGAAAAUGGUAAGCUUGGAGGAAAAUUAUUAGGUAUGGUUACAUCUCGCGACAUUGACUUUUUGAAGGAAUCUCAAACUAGUUGUUUUAAACUUGAUAGUGUGAUGACAAAAUUGGAGCAACUUGUUACAGCUUCAUCAGGUGUUACAUUAGAAGAAGCCAAUAGCAUUCUGGAAAAAUCAAAAAAAGGAAAACUGCCAAUUGUGAAUGAGAAACAAGAGCUUGUUGCUCUUAUUGCACGUACAGAUCUCAAGAAGUCUCGCAACUAUCCUAGUGCUUCAAAGGAUGAGAACAAGCAGCUGUUGGUAGGAGCUGCUGUGGGUACAAGAGAAGAAGACAAGCAAAGGUUGACUCUUUUGGCCCAAGCAGGAGUUGAUGUGGUGUUAAUAGACUCUUCUCAAGGGAAUUCUGUGUAUCAAAUUGAUAUGAUACGGUAUAUAAAACAAACCUAUCCAGAUCUGCAGGUGAUAGGUGGUAAUGUAGUGACUGCCGCUCAAGCAAAGAAUCUAAUUGAUGCUGGGGUGGAUGGUCUUAGAGUUGGUAUGGGAAGUGGGUCUAUUUGUAUCACACAAGAAGUGAUGGCAGUUGGUCGACCACAGGGAACCGCUGUAUAUAAAGUAGCAGAAUAUGCUCGUAGGUUUGGUGUACCAGUGAUAGCUGAUGGAGGGAUUCAGUCUGUUGGACACAUAAUUAAAGCUCUUUCCCUUGGAGCAUCCACUGUCAUGAUGGGAUCACUUUUGGCUGGUACUACUGAAGCUCCUGGAGAAUAUUACUUCUCAGAUGGAGUUCGUUUGAAAAAGUACCGUGGUAUGGGUAGCCUGGAAGCAAUGGACCGUAAAGAUGUUAAAGGUGGAGGUGCAGCUGAUCGUUAUUUUCAUAGUGAAACAGACAAGCUGAAAGUGGCUCAAGGUGUUAGUGGUUCGAUUGUGGACAAGGGCUCAGUGCUUAGAUUUCUGCCAUACUUACAGUGUGGAUUGAGACAUGGUUGUCAGGACAUCGGUGCUCGUAGCCUUUCAAUUCUCAGGUCCAUGAUGUAUUCUGGAGAACUGAAAUUUGAGCGUAGGACUCAAUCUGCACAAGUUGAAGGCAAUGUCCAUGGACUGUUCUCAUAUGAGAAAAGAUUAUUUUAAUUUUUAUAUUCAUUUGAUGUGUUGUAUUUUAUAUUUUUUUGAUAUGUAUUGUUUCCCCAGGAAAUGGGAUUAUUUGAUUCAAUAAUUGGUAUAUCAUAUUAAACAUGUUAUCAAACCAUUGCAGCUGCACUUCCAUUACCUUUGCUAUACUGGUUGCUUGAUUUUUGAUUGCAUCAUUGGGAGCAAGAUUAUUUUGAGGUGUGAUAGGUUAGUGGACGUGAAUUAUUUGAUCUAUUGUCAUACAUGCUGCCAAAAGGAAAAAACAUCACAGAAGUAAAUUGAGAUUGUGUCUUUCUCAUUAAAUGUGUUUUUUGCCCAUAUACUGUGAUGUAUUAGGUUUAGAUUAGAUGUUUUAAAAAAAUAUUGCUGCCCGGGGAAAGAUACCAGACAAGGAAAUAAAAGUAUUUUCUUUCUUAUUUUUAUGGAAAUUAUUUUUGGUAAAAAUGCGAUGUACUAUGAAUAUGUACCAUUCUUAUAAAAUAAUAUGUUUAAAACAGUAGUGUUUGUUUUGUUUUUUUAUUCCCAAUUCCACCUGGUUCCAUGAACUAUAUCUUUGGUUUACUGUAUUUUUUGCCCUUUAAUUUUCCUUUGUUGCAUUUGUCCUAACUUAAAAUUUUGUUUGAAUGCUCUCAACGUACUUGCAAAUAACAUUGAUGCCUGGGACUACAGCUAAACUGUAAUGGAAAUUGUAAAUUGGAGUAUCCAUUUCUUUAGAACUAUUAAUUUGAAAUCUCGUUAUAACAAAUGGUGGAAGGUACUUGAUGUACAAAGUUUUGUACAGAGUAUGAAAUCAAAUCUGACUCCCAAAUGCUCAUAUUCCAGUGGUAGAUUUGAAAUGUGUUAUUUGGUAUAGGUUUUGUUGUAACGAGAUUUUUCAUGCAAAUUCUCAUAGAUAACCAUAAAGUUGUUGCCUAAAAUUGUUUGGUGUGAAAAUGGGACUGAAACAUGGGAUUUGGGAGUCGACAUGAGUUUCCAACUGUUCAUCCUACCAAUAUUUUGAGGCACUGAAUUAUACAUGUUUCCUUUUACAAAACAUUAUGCCUGGGAAGGUAAUGUUUCUGGACAAAGAUAAGGGGAAGGGGAAACAACAAUUAUGGUUGUCUAAACAGGGUGUGCUGUAGAAUGAAGCAGCUGAGUGUACCUUCUGUUCCACAGAGUGAAGUGGAUGUUGGGGCAAUUGCAUUAACAUGGAUCAUCGUGUCAGGCUAGCAGUUGGCUGGGCUGAGCAGCUGUUCAUAAUUCAUCAGGGGAUCCUUUAAACAGCAUCUGUAGAGACCUCCAAAGUUCUUAAAACCUUCAGUGUUCAUCCUGACCUUUGUGUAUUGACUAAAAUUUGCUUGUGCCUGAGUUGCUAUGUAGUUUAUAACAAAUGUAGGUACUUCUUAUCCUUUUUAUUUUUUUAAUUUUUCAUAGGAUCAUUCAAUAAACUAUCCAUCUGUUUUUAAACAAAUUUCAUCUAUUAAUGAAAAUAAAUCAUUAGAAAUUUAGUAUAUUGUUCAAAGAAAAUUUGUAAUAGCUUAAUUACAUGUUUAGAAUUGAAUAAUAAUUUGAUGGAAUUUUUAACUUUCAAAGUAGUGAAUUUUGUUUCUGAAAAACAUUAUGAUUCUAUUGAUUAUCUUAAAAUGUAAUGAUAAUUAUAUACAAAUUUAUUUAAACCUUGUUAAUAAAUUGUAAUAUAAAUGUCGAACAUAUCAAAGGGGACGGUAGAUAAAUUAAUUAAAAAAGUGAGGAAUUCUAUGUGUUUACAAGUGUUAAGAUACUAGAUCAGUUCCAAAGGUUGUGUAGUCUUUCAGGUAGAUGAAAUAAGAGGUAGCUCCCCAGGCUUUGUGAUUUAAUGCAAUGGUGCUUGUGGUUAUUGCCUCUCCUGUCCUGCAUGAGUAAUUCAUUUGAAGGUGUGUAUUGGGGUGCUGUUAUUUGUUUUAUACUACCUUAAACCUUAGAAAUUUCCAGAAUCUCAGGAGUUAUUUUCUUCAGAUUUGUUUAGAGAAAAGCACAGUUUUAAUGUGUAUUUUUUUACUGAAGCACUGCAACACACACAUACACACUAAAUGUAUUGUCUUGCCAGAAUUUUCAGUGUAUGUAUAUAUACACACACAUUUUUUUCCAAAGAUAACAAGAAUGGUUGUUAAGUUGUAUGUAUGCAUGCAUUUGUAUGUGUGUAAAGUUGCCAAAACAUAUUCAAUUCAAAUAAUUACAUGAAUGAUGGAAGAACUUUUAGUAUAAUUAUUGUUCUCACCAAAAUAGUUUGGAACUUGAAAUAAGCAUGGGAGGUAAUAUUGCGUAGUGUGUUAAAGCUUGAAUUAGAAGAAAGUAACUUUCAGUUGAGCAUUAUUUUGCAUCUUCCAGUUCAGUAAGACAGUGUCCAGCAAUACUUCAAUAACCGAACUUUAUGUAAUAAAAACUGUAAAUAUGACGUUUUCUUAUGAGGAAUUGAUUGUGAAGUUGAAUUAAUUGAAUAGAUAGUCAGAUGAGUAAUUACUGAAUAUGUGUGGGUGGAGGUAUUGAUACUUGCAUGAGCAACUUGAUGGUGUUCAAUGUUAUCUCUUUUUGGAACAACUUGAAUUUUUGUAAUGCCAUAAUAGCUUUCCUUAAAAAUUCCAAAAUGUGAAAAUAAAUAGUAGGAACAAGUCCAGGUCUAGGCAAUCUUAUUCAUCCACUAUUUAAAGAGCUUAUUCUUACAGCGUUUAGUGAAAAAUAUUUUUUAAUGUUCUUAAUUUGUAGUUAUAUUCACUGUUUAUUUCAUUUUUCUCUUCUAUUUCUGUAUGAAGUGUUUUAUUGUUACAAAAAUAUUGCUAACACAGUGCCUUACUGUCUCAACAUAUAAACAUUUUCAUCAUUGAACUGUAAUUCAAAUAAUUACUUACAAAUACAUAAUGAGGAAAACACAUCAGAACAAGAGAAAAGAGCAAAAAACAAAUAGAAAGGCUGCGUUCAAUUUCAUCAGAAGUUAAAGAAAAUUUGUUGCAAUAUAUUCCUGUUUAUUUUAAUGAAAUGUUUCAAGGAUUUAAUAUGAUCACUUGUGGACUAUAUAUUGAGUGGCCUGCCAAAUUCUGGAAGAUUAAAGAAAACUGUUCUAGAAUAUGCAGAAUUUGUAACAUGUUACACAAUACACAGCAAAAUGAGCACACAAAUGUGACAAUCAUCACUGUUAUUUAUUGGUUUUGGUGUAUAUUAGUUAGUUUUGUUGUGCUACUAAAAUUAAAAUCAUUAAUUUAGUUUAUUUUCAUUAAUACUUCUAGAUUUACACAAAUUGUUAGUGACAAUGCAUUGUUCGGUAGAGAUUAUGCAAAUAAUCUUUUUUAUUUUAUUUAUUUAUUUUUUUGAGCCCUUAAGACUGAAAUUGAGUGAUACCAAAGAUUGCUUAGUCCAGAAAUAAAACAAACCUGUUUGGAGAGGCAAUAAAGGUAUUUCUAGAUGUAUUAAUAUUUAUUGUUUAUGAAUGAAUAAGCUGAAAUCUGCAAGUUACCAUAUGAAAAUCUUAUCUAUCUAUCUCUCUUGAGAGGAUCAUAUUUUUAUGUUUGCUGUGAUGUUUUAUAACAAAAAUAAAUGUGCCAAUAAGUUGUGCAAAAUAUAUAGUGCCAGUACUACUUCAAUUUUCACACGAUGGAAAUUUUGGGGGAAGCUGAUUCUUGAAUGACUACAGAUGUUAUCGACAAGCAUGAGGCAUAAUUUUCCUUGACUGUGAUAUGUGGAAUCUGAUACAAGUUCUCAAAUUUUAUCACAUCAUUUAUGAGUUGUGAAAGUUUGGCUCUAAAAGUGCCAUAUCUUUUUUUGCAAUAUCUAAUGUUUAUGGUGUUCCUUCUUCUUCUUCUUUUUUUUUUUUUUAAAGAUCCAGUGAUAGAGACAUGUAAGUGAUAUCCACCCUUUUAUCUUCUUACUUUUCAAAUAUUAGAACAGAUUGUGCAUUAGGUACACUGAAGUGAACACACAACUACUUUUGAAUUUGAAUUUUAAAUCACUUACAUUUGCAUGAAAAUAUUCAUAAUUUUGAUUUAUUUGAAAAUAUUAUGAAAGGGAAAGGUUUUCAAAUACAGAUUUCGUUCUAGACAUACAUGUACCUAAGGAUUGACAACAAGUUUACUAGAGAAAAUGCAUUUUUUCUGCAUUUAGGGAUUUCAUAUUAAGUAUUAAUAGCGUGGGUGAGAACAGUCUAGCUCAUCAUAUUACCACUGAAGUUGCAUACUGCCAAUUAUAAGAUAAAAGUCUUCAGAUUUUAGAAUUUGUGGUCAAAAAAUACCCAUUUAAUAUAUAUUGUUCAGAAGUAUAUUGGUCAAUUAACAGCACAUUUCUGCACAAAUCCCAGCAAUAAUGAUAUCAGUGUAGAAAGUGAAUGACACAACAUCCUUGAAGUUUAUUAUAUCAUAUUGUUAUAACGAGAUUUGAAAUUUAAUUGUUAAUUUCUAUGUUAGAGAACUAUUGAUGUUAAUAUUAGAAACAAAUUGCUAAUAGAUAAACAAUACAUUGAUUCUUAUAAAACCAAAAAGAAUUAGUAAAUAUUUUUUUUCUGAUGUGUGUAGUAUAAGAGAAAAAUACGUUGUUGGAGAUUGUGUAUAGUUCUAAUAAUGUUAUUCUGUCAUUAACUCAUGUUUAAAGGCAAUCGUAAAUUGUUUUUUGAUACAAACAUUUGCAUUAAGUGAAUUUCUGCUGCUCUAUUUGUAAUUCAUAUUCUUUUGUGUUGAAGAAAACAGUAGUAUUAUUAAUGUUAAAUCUUGAACUUAAAAAUUACAUAUAAUACUUGAUUUUGGCUUGUGUUAAAAGUCUAAUAUUUUCUGAACAUAAAUUUCUUGACUAGAUUUUGGUCUUAAAUAAUAUGUUCUACUGCUUUGUCCAACUAAUUGGGAAUUAUCAGAACUGUGAGUGAUUAAUGUUAUUCUAUAAAUGUAUAACUGCCCAACAAUGAGUAUAUUUGUAUUAAUUGCCUGUGCGCAUAUAUUAAGAUUAUAUGUAUUGCCUUUAAGAUUUGUUUUUCUUUGCCAACUUUAGGGUGAAAAUAUGUCAUGAUUUGUAAAAUUAACUUAUUUUUAUGCCCUAGAAAACGGUAUCUAUGGGUAAAGCGGCCUCUAAAAAUGCAGAAAUGAGGGGAGCAAGUGUUCAUUUGUAUACAGUUGUAAUUUUAACUAAUGUAUUUAUCUUACCAUUCAUGUAAUACAAAUGUGUGUUUAAAGGUAAAGUGUUUUCAUUACUCAAAUUUGAGAAAGGGAAGUCUAUAUCCAGAGGAUGGAACAUAGCCAAGGAUAUUGACUUGAAGGGGAAGGGAAGGGAACAUUAUUUGUAUCCAAGAAAUUUUGAUGGACCCUAUGUUUUUACAAACAUGUAAUUUCAUCUGGAAACAAAAACAUAUGGAAAAAUUCAGUUCAAAAUUUGCCGUUGAGGCAAAUGGUUACUCAGAAGUCCCCAUUCUCAAAGUCAAUGAAAUAAUAUUAAGAUUGAAUCUUUGAGUAUUAUGUUUUUGUUUGAAUCAGCAAUUUAAUAUCCAGAACAUAUUACAUUCAUAUUUACAAAUGUACAUACAUUCUGGAACAUACAAAUGUACUUACACAUGUUACUCACACGGCAGAUGUUCACAGACAUCACACAUAUACUGACUUUCUCUGUAUUUUGAAUAAAAUAUAUUACGUC